AUGUCGUCUACUAAGAGCCAGCAGAAACGACAUAUGUCGGAUGAUCAGAUGCUGGUUGUUUCAAGCAAAAGGCAGGAUUCAGCAUCAAAUAUCUGCGAUCGAUUCACAUUGAUUUCUGGAGACAAGUUAUAUCUGUUGUUUCAAAAGCAGCAAGAGCUAUCUCUGCCAGAUUCAGGGGUGAUGUUCCCUUGGUUACAUGGGUUUGGUCAGGCGAAUGUUCCUUAUACAGAAAAGUUUCAACUGAGCAUUAUCAGAUCACAGCCGCUGCCGCCGGGGAUGAUCGAGAAUUCUGGGAUGUUGCGAUCAUCUUUGGAUUUGACUGAUUUGUUUACUCCGCUGAAUGAGGUGACCCAAGAUUUGGAUCAGGUUGUAAAAGUUGAGUUGCGAGAAUAUAGAACUUUAACUGGGUAUAAUGCAACCAUACUAGAAGUGGAUGAAUUGAUCCGGAUAUGUAGACACUAUAGGCUACUGCCUUUUUUACUCACUGACACCAUCAAACAAUAUAAAUACGGUAAUAAAAGGCAAAUAGGCACCCAAGUUAAGGAUGAUGGUGCAUCGUGGAAACGCCCUGGUAUGUUUAGGAGGUUUGAUAUACAACCAGCCAAACAUUUAGAACUUUCUAAUAAAGUUGUGAUGUACUGCCUGUCUAAUGGGCAUCCUAGCAGAUGUCGUUGCCAUGAUGCAGGCGUGAUGGUUAAAUGGGCUAGCAACUUCGUUGCGCUAAAUUAUUUGGAGCGUGAACAGAAUACACCCAAAAUUUUUAUUCUCGGAGGAAUUAGCGAUAUUCCUCAGGGUCUGAUGGCUAUGGUACCAAUGUCGAUGGCUUCUCUAGAGAAGCCUUCAGCAGGCCAAUUAGCUUCACAUUUUGAUAUUGCAUCUUUUAAUAGCUGGGACAGAGAUCUUUUGUAUAAGGAGCGGCUCGAGAUUUCUAAGAUGAGCAGCAUAAGCAUGAUAGCUGAAAAUGUAUGCUGCGGCAAUUCCACUGAUGUUGAGAUUUUAAGACUACGAAGAAUAAGCCCUAAUAACUCACUGUCGUCUAAAAAGUACUAUAGUACAUGUAAUACAAUAGUGACAUUAAGUGAUUUAGACUAUCGGAAUCUUGAUAUGUCAGCUUUGGAUUCCCAGCUAUUUAAUCUUCCCUCUAAAGAAUGUCUAAACUGUGGAUUGUAUAUUCAAUGCGUCGAGAGUGCACCUCUUCCUUCUUGUACGGAAAUCGAAUAUCAUAUGAACCAACUAGAAAGUAGCAUAGAGCUUAAAUUCCCGAGCUCUGGUUCAAUUGGGCUUGGAAAUUUAACGCUUGAGUCAAUUAAAUCAUUUGUCAACAUUUGUCAUUUAAUUCAUCAGUUUAGGAAGAAAACUGAUCGCUGGUCAUUAAUUUACUGUUCAGAUGGAUACACCGAAACCUCCCUUUUGGUUGUUGCGUAUCUAAUCUUCAACUGGGAUGUAUCACUAGAUGAAGUGUUAUUACGUUUGCAUAACGAACUUGAGCGCCCUUUCUUUUUAUUUCCAGUGGAUUUACAAGUUUUAGGCCACUUGCAACUUCUUUUACGUGAGCUCUCGCCGUUGAGGGAUCCAACCAGAGAUUCUACACUUCUUAAAAUUGAUCCGGAUAUGUUUAGUAAAAUGUUUUUCACCAAACCAUGUCAAGAUGUUGAUUUUUUAAGAUCAAAGGGUCCGUUACCCUCCAGAAUUUUACCACAUUUGUAUCUUGGGUCAUUAGAACAUGCGCAGAAUCCCAAUUUACUUUCUAAUUUGGGAAUUAAGAACAUAGUUUCAGUGGGAGAGACGUUAUCAUGGUCAGCUAAUGGACAAGAACAAAAAUUACCAUGCUAUAGCAGCGCUUGUAUCGUUCCUACUUCGGCUUUUGGAGUGUCUUUAGCCUCAUAUAGCAGAAAUGUAGCGGGACCGUCCAAUGCCAAUUUAAUGAAAAGAAAUAGAUCCUUCAGUCUUGACACUUUGAAUUUAAUGGAGUCACCAACCUGUAAAACUACAGUAACUUCUAAUGAUGGAUUUAAUAUAUGCCACGUUAGUAAUUUGGGUGAUAAUGGGGUUGAUCCGAUGCUUUCCCAACUUGAACAAGUUUUGGCAUUUAUUGAUAAAUGCUUUCAAAGGGGAGAAAGGGUGCUCGUUCACUGUAUGGUUGGUGUGUCAAGAAGUGCAACCGUGUGUAUUGCAGAAUGUAUGAAGCGUCUGGAUUGUGGUGUUAUUCAGGCUUAUCUCUUUGUUCGCGUUCGAAGAUUGAACAUCAUAAUCCAGCCAAACCUAAUGUUCAUUUACGAAUUACUUAAAUGGCAGGAAUUAAAGCACCCUAAUGCUAAGAAAGUUGAUUGGCAUAUUAUGUGCCGUGCCAUCGCAGAGCUAAACAAAAAUUACAUAAAGGAUUCUUGGUAG